AGCUACUACGCUCAACUGAAAGGAUACUGUUCCGUUUACAGCAUACUAAAAUAAACUAAUAGUAUGUAGUAUAUACUCAUUAAGUAUGUAGUAUACAGUAUUUUAGUAUGGGUAUUCUAACACAGCUAUGGAGUCUGUCAGUGACAACCAGUCCUCAGCGAGAACCUGGAGCAUCUCAAGAUGGCGGCCGAACGGAGGAUGAGAAUGAUAUCGGGUCGGGGUUGUGUGUCUGUGUUUCUGGCCGUGUUGUGCACCUUCUCCGUCGGGACCUGCGACGAACAGGUGCCGCUGAUGCUAUGGACGAGUGAAGGGUCUGGUCUGCCGUCCCAGGCUGUUCCUGCUGCUGGUCACAUAGUGGGUGUCACUCAGCUGAGCUCAUACCUGGAGACCGCCCUGGGGUCCGCCCCGCGCAACGUACUGCUCUUCCUGCAGGACAAGAUGAGCAUUGAGGACUUCACCAUGUACGGAGGGGCGUUUGGCAACAAGCAGGACAGUGCCUUCCCUAACCUCGAGGGGGCGCUCCUCUCCAGCCCUUCCCCAUUGGUCCUGCCUGCCGUGGCCUGGCCAGCAUCCAGUGCUGUGAUCGGUCAACUCCAGGACCAAUUAGACACCUCUCCUCUCUACAUGGAACCAGAGACACUCAGCCAGCUACGACUCAACGCAUCUACCCCCGCCCUGCUGGUCUUCAGACUACCCUACAGCACCAGAUCUGAUCUGAUGUCUGCUAAGGAGGUUCUCAAUGGAAAUGAUGAGGUGAUUGGACAGGUGAUGAGCAUUAUGAAGAGCCAGUCUGUCCCCUACACUGCCGUCUACACUGCAAUGAGACCCUCACGGGAGUUAUCACCAUCUCUGUCUAUGGAUAUGGAGGCUGGUGUGGGAGGAGGGCGCUCCCUAUUGCAGUACGGAGACAGAAAGAGGGAGAGAGACAGACAGCGGGAGAGAGAAAGAGGAGAGAAACUAGUCAAAGAGAAGACAGGAGUCUACCCUCCAGUUGAGUUUAAGGAGGGCGGAGCCGGCUGUAUCAUGCUGUGGGCGGACAACCUGACUGUGAGCGUGCUCCGUGGUGGUCGUUGGGAACGACACGACCUGACCUCUCUGACCUUUGGCGAGGGCGUGACCCCUAGGCUCCAGGGCUCCCUCUGCAACCAAUCACACUCCAGUCUGGUUCUAAACUAUGAGAAUAUCCUGGGACACCGUUCCUUCAAACUAGUGUUUGCCAUGUCCCAGCGCCACUACAAGGUGUCAGCUCGCCGCUGGUUCGCGCUAGACGCCGUGGAGAUAGAAUACGACGGUCAGAAAGCAACGUUUAACGGGAGCCGUAACGUGUACGCGCCGGCUGAGUACUCCUACCGCUGUCAGUCAGUCACUAACUUCAGAUACCCCCUCCUGGUUCCGCGCACCUCCAAAGACCCUGCUAACCAGUGGAGGGUCUCCUUCACUGACUUCCAGAUCCAGGGUUUCAACGUGGCAGGGGGAGAGUUCUCCUAUGCCAGUGACUGUGCAGGGUUCUUCAGUCCUGGUAUCUGGAUGGGACUGCUCACCAGUCUACUGAUGCUCAUGGUCCUGACCUACGGCCUCCAUAUGAUCAUGCAGUUACACACCAUGGACCGUUUUGAUGACCCCAAGGGACCUGCUAUCGCCGUACCACAGACUGACUAACACACAUACCACAAGCAAAUAAUGUCCCACAGACAGACAGACAGACGUGGUCCCAGACAGACAGACAGACAGACAGACAGACGUGGUCCCAGACAGACAGACAGACAGACGUGGUCCCAGACAGACAGACAGACGUGGUCCCAGACAGACAGACAGACGUGGUCCCAGACAGACAGACGUGGUCCCAGACAGACAGACAGACAGACAGACGUGGUCCCAGACAGACAGACGUGGUCCCAGACAGACAGACAGACAGACGUGGUCCCAGACAGACAGACAGACGUGACAGACAGACAGACGUGGUGACAGACAGACGUGGUGACAGACAGACAGAGACGUGGUGACAGACAGACAGACAGACGUGGUGACAGACAGACGUGGUGACAGACAGACGUGGUGACAGACAGACGUGGUGACAGACAGACGUGGUGACAGACAGACGUGGUGACAGAGGGAUGAAUAUUUAUGGUAGAGAAGGGAGGAAUCUGUUACUGAGGGGAAUAAGGGAUGAAUAUUUAUGGUAGAGAAGGGAGGAAUCUGUUACUGAGGGGAAUAAGGGAUGAAUAUUUAUGGUAGAGAAGGGAGGAAUCUGUUACUGAGGGGAACAAGGGAUGAAUAUUUAUGGUAGAGAAGGGAGGAAUCUGUUACUGAGGGGAAGGAGGGGAAUAAGGGAUGCGUGUCAGUCUAUCCAUCAUUCCUGUCUUUGUCAUUUUGGUGGGAAGGCUGAUAUUACAUGCUGCUGUCCUUUAGUGAAUACAGCCCAUGUUGUAAACACUGGCCGAAAUGUAUUUAAACAGUGACUUCAAUAAGGGAUCAUAGCUUUCACCUGGAUUCACCUGAUCAGUCGCUGUCAUGGAAAAGAGCAGGUGUUCUUAAUGUUUUGUAUACUCAGUAUAUAUGUAUUGUGUUUGACCUUGUGAUUGUAUCUUUAUCGUAGCCUAGGUUAGUAGCGUAUAGGUUAACGAGGGUCUGAAAUGGCACCCUAUUCUGUAAAGUGCCCUACUUUUGACCAGGGCCAAUAGGGGAAGUGCACUAUAUAAGGAAUAGGGUGCCGUCUGAGAUGUGACCCAGGUUUCACUAAAGUUGUUUAAUGUGUGCAGUAUGACAGGGAGUUCCUCUACGCUCCAACAGGGGACUAAAGGGUUACUGUGAGAGGAGGUUGAGGCACGGAGACGAACCAGACGGGGGUCAGAGGUUAGGUUAGAUUACCUACCUUGUGUUUACUGACUUCCAGUUGUUCUGUGGUUUAUAUGAUUUGUUCUGUGGUUUAUAUGAUUUGUUAGAGGAAGGCUUGUCUGGUCGAGUCAUGAUAUCAUUCAAAUAUGGUUCAUAUAUUCUAAUAUUAGUAGUGUCUCUAGUCAUGUGUGACUGUCAUGGUGCUGCUGUGAUUAACCCCAAUAAAGCCUUGAAUGAACAAUGUCAA